UUCCAAUGUGGCUAGACUGGAACACGUGACACCCGCUCUGACCGAGAGAGACCGAGCGGCCGGGUCUUCUCCAUCACCGCAGAGCAGCGCGGAUGAAACACCGGUCACAUCCAGAGCAGCAUCACGGGAAAAGGCCCCGUGUUCCCGCCGCGGCUGCCUCCACCUCACCGCAAGACGGAAUGGAGGACAAAACACCGUCAAAUCCGCGGGAACUCACCCAGAACCCCCUGGAGAAGAUCUGGAUGCCGUGUAAAAAUGGCCUUCCUGAAAAGCACAUUUCUCAGAGAAAGGUUUGUAUGACCAACUGUCCCACCCUGAUUGUGACAGUGGGCCUACCUGCCAGGGGGAAGACCUAUAUUUCCAAGAAGCUGACCCGCUAUCUCAACUGGAUCGGCGUGCCCACCAGAGAGUUCAAUGUUGGGCAGUACAGGAGAGAGUUUGUGAAGAUCUACAAGUCCUUUGAGUUCUUCCGUCCAGACAACGAAGAGGGCUUAAAGAUCAGACGACAAUGUGCCUCAGCAGCAUUGAACGAUGUGCGACAGUAUCUCACAGAAGACGGAGGCCAAGUUGCGGUUUUUGAUGCAACAAACACCACCAGAGAAAGACGGGAGACAAUCAUCCAGUUUGCAGAGCAGAAUGGCUUUAAGGUGUUCUUCGUGGAGUCUGUGUGUGAAGACCCAGAUGUCAUACAGGAGAACAUAGUGCAAGUGAAGCUGGGUAGCCCCGACUACACCAACUGUAACACAGAAGAGGCGGCGGAAGAUUUCAUGAAAAGAAUCAAGUGUUAUGAAAACUCCUAUGAGCCGCUGGAUGAAGUCCUGGACAGGGAUCUCUCCUUCAUUAAAAUCAUGGAUGUGGGUCAGCGCUACUUGGUUAACAGGGUGCUGGACCACAUCCAGAGCCGGAUAGUCUACUACCUCAUGAACAUUCAUAUCACGCCGCGCUCCAUCUACCUGUGCCGCCAUGGUGAGAGCGAGCUCAAUGUCAAUGGACGUAUCGGUGGAGACUCUGGCCUCACACCUAAAGGGAAAGAGUUUGCAAAGAAGCUGAGCCAGUUCAUCCAGACUCAGAGCAUCAGCGACCUGAAGGUGUGGACCAGUCAAAUGAAGAGAACCAUCCAGACAGCUGAGGCUCUCAGUGUGCCCUACGAACAGUGGAAGGUCCUGAAUGAGAUUGAUGCUGGCAUGUGUGAGGAGAUGAUGUAUGAGGAGAUCCAGGAUCACUUUCCUCUAGAGUUUGCUCUGAGGGACCAGGACAAAUACCGCUAUCGGUACCCAAAAGGAGAGUCCUAUGAGGACCUGGUGCAGCGGUUGGAGCCGGUCAUCAUGGAGCUGGAGCGGCAAGAGAACGUGCUGGUCGUCUGUCACCAGGCCGUCAUGCGCUGCCUGUUGGCCUAUUUCUUGGAUAAGACAGCAGAGGAGCUGCCCUACCUGAAGUGCCCGCUGCACACCGUGCUAAAGCUAACACCAGUGGCCUACGGCUGUAAAGUGGAGUCCAUCAGCUUAAACGUGGAUGCAGUGAACACACACAGAGAAAGGCCGGAGAAUGUGAACAUCCAUCGUACAACUCAAGACGCCCUGCAGACCGUCCCCCCUCACCUCUGACUGCAGCUGGACCUCUCGUUCUCCCGCUCCCUUUUGACUGAGUCACUUCACUUUUACAAUCUGCACAACCUGCCCACAGUGGUGACUGCCUUCUCUGUAACCCUUAUGUCUGUCUUUUAAUUUGAAGGAGCUCAACCUGAACACACUAUGUGUUCAUAUUUGAAAGCUACAAGGUGUGGAGCAUAGCUGGUGCUGAUUAUUUAUCCGUCAAACUCUUGGCUCACAGUAGAUUCUUGUCUAUUUGGUUUUACCAUAUAUUGAAUAUGGUUACAGUGUGUUGAUAUUGUGCAGCAGUAGAAUUAACCCUGAUAACCAUUGUGGCUUUAUAAAAUGAUCUUUCUGCUGCAUGUUUGACAUGCUACUGUAUUGUGCAAUCAUUGUUUUAUGUGACGGUGUCGUCAGUGUUAAUAUGCAAUUUAAAGGUUACAAACCUACCUGGAAAACAGCACUAUGAAGCUUACUAUUUUGACUAUGUGGUGAUUUAAUGAAUGAAUGAAAGAAUGGAUGGACUGGGUCAUAACUAUUAAUAUGGUGAAAAAAAACUUACAUUUUAUACAGACCAAAUCAUAGCAUUUGAUGAUUCUUUAAUAAAAUAUGACAUUUUUUGUUGUGAAGAACACAUCUGAGCACACAAGGUUUUGGAAAAGCAAAAAUGCAAUGUAAGCUCAAAACUGUUGAUGUUGAUAUUGGUUAUGACUUCAAAAUGUACAUCCUGGUUAAAGAUGUGUAAUUAUCUUAUGUAUAAUUAUGUCUGUCAUUAUCUUUGUCAUUAUGGGUUUAAGUAUUUAUUUGGGCUGAAUUGAUGAUUAUUUUAUGUUUGAUUAAACUGCCAUUACUUACUCAAUACAUUUUUGAGUCUAUAAAAAGUCAGAAAUAAAGAAAUGGGCAUCACAGUUUUUCAGAGCACAAUUUUAUGUAUUCUACAUUGCUGUUUUGUCUUACCGAUUGUCUUAAACCCAAAGAUAUUUAGUGUGCUAUCUUAAACCAGCUUAUAUUCACACUUGAAAUUUCUGGUAAAAAUAUGGAAUAUCUAAAUUGUUGCUUGUUCAUUUUCUGUUGAUGAAUUCAUUGACUAAUUGUUGGCUCUGUUAUUUAUUGAGAACAUGUAGAGGGUGCCAGUCAGAUGGAUUUGAGUACUAAUGUGUCUGUGGAAGUUUCAGCUGAUGGGAGUUCACAGAGCACAGGGUUGGAUGAGGUUCUAUUGUCUCUCUGCCACAUGCUGGUUCCCUGAUGGGGCAGGAGGAGGUGGAGGCUGCGUGAUCAGAAUCAAAUAGAUGAGCUGGCACAGUCUAAAUAUAUGAUCGUGAGCAGGGAGAGUCCAGGGGGUUAUCAUAUAUGUCUAUCUUGCUACUUUCAUAAAUAUUAGGCCUUUAUGUUGUGGCACAAUUGUGGUUGGGUUAAAUAGCCCUUCUUCUCAAGGAAGGUAAAGUGAAUUCAAAUUCAAAAGUAUUUCAUCUUUUUUUAGAAAUUGCUACUUUCUUCUCUGUGGAUUACAGUCUAUAGCUAAAUCAUUUGGAUUGCAUUAAUGUGAACAAAUGGUGUGAAACUAAAAUGGUUCACAUAGUCUGCUAUGUUACUUCCCCACAGCUGAAAUAACACAUUAAGUAUAUAAAGACAGUUGUGGCCAAAGUGCUGACUUAAAAUAACUUCCUCAAA